UUUCCCAACUUAAUAUUAAUUCCUUUAAGUACAGGUAUAGGCUACUUUGUUUGUAUUCACCUUUAAUGAAGAUAAAUUGGAACUUUAAGGAGAAAUAACACACCAGAGGAAAGUGGAGGAUAUUUUGCAAUUGAAAAGUUUCAAAUUUACUUUAUUUAGUCCAAAAAUGCAGUUUUAGGAGAAAGUAAUCUGGGGAAAAAAAUGAAAAUCUCUGCUAGAUUCAAACACAUGAUCUACAGAUCAACAGUCGACAAGUUAACUGACUGCAUGAGCUACCCAGCUAGGUCAUCUACAGAUCAGCAGUCAACAUGUUAACCUACUGAGCUACCCAGCAAGGCAAUUUGAUUUAAAAGGAAUAUAUACAUUUAUUACAUGUACUGGUAUUCAUAUUUUUCAAAAGGAAGUCAGCCAAUAUGAUGUAUGUAUUAUUCCUCCUUGAGCAGUGGACAUAGAACCACUGGCUUUUUAUAGCAUAGUUAUUUGAAUUCUUAGCUCAGUGACAGACAAAACAAAUGUAUAUAUAAUAGUUUAUUGAUCAUUCAGUAAAGAAGUGUCUUGACAUGUGUAGUGUGAAAGUGAACGCUAACUUUAAGAUGAUCAUUUACAAAAAGAGCAGUCAUGGUUUGUUAAGCAAAUGUUAGCACUGUGUUGAAUCUUAGACCAAAAAUUGUGAAUUGCACAUGCACUUAAUUAAACAAAAAAUCACGAUUCAUCAUUGAUACUCUGGAGAAAGAGCUGAUAAAACAUCCUGGAUUAAUCUGCGCAGUCACAUGAAGAACUUUACAACGAAAGUAGUGAAGGAAAAGCUCACGGAUCGCUCGACUACUGCUACCUCACAGCCUCCAUUGUAGUUCUCGCUGUCCAAACAACAUUAAAUUUUGGGAAGCUGUGCUGAUUACUACCCGUGCAAUCUUCAUAAUGAAUCAUACCAUGAACUCAACAAUGUCCUCAAUAAUGGACAUGAAUUCCACUGGAAUGAACCACCACCACCAUCACAUGCACUCUACUACUGGAAUGCCUAUGGACCACCACAACCAUGGUAACAUGGAUGGUAACAUGGAUGGGAGCAUGCAAGACCACAGCAUGCACAUGGGGAAUGAUACCGAUAGUUGUGGGAAUGGAAUGGCAAUGUUCUUCCACACUGGGAAAUGUGAAUACUUACUGUUUGAAGGUGUUCAGACAAAGACUGUAGCAGGAAUGGUAGGAGCUUGCAUUAUCAUAUUCCUCCUGGCUGUCCUGUACGAAGGCUUGAAGGUUUUCCGGGAGUACCUCCUGAAAAAAGCAUUGGUGACUGGCUCCAAGUACCAAGAGGUCACUAUCGGCGCUAAUGGGAAAUCUGUUGUACCAGACGCACAGGUCAAAAGCAGGGUUAUGAUACCCGGACAACCCAGUAAUGGGAUGAUCGUCAAUAAUCCCUUUAUGAAUAGAAGGAUAUCGAUGAUCAGCAGUUCUCACUUGUUACAGACCCUGCUUCAUGUCUUACAAGUAUUCAUCAGUUAUUGCCUCAUGCUCGUCUUCAUGACGUACAAUGUCUGGUUAUGCAUCGCAGUCAUUCUAGGAGCAGGAACGGGCUAUUUCUUCUUCGGAUGGAAACGAGCGGUCGUGGUGGACGUUAAUGAACACUGUCAUUGAGGAGAAAACGACACUGAAUACUGUAUUCAUCCAAAUCACCAUCCCUGUUCAAACAGAUAUUUGCUGUUCAAUAAUAAAGGUGCUACAUGUAUCAAUAUCUAUAGGUGCUACAUGUAUCGAUAUCUUAUUUGUAAAUUCUCAAGUAAAGGGAAAUCUCACCAUCUCUGCCUGCUCCCUUGUGUGCUGUAAAACAUCAGAUCUUUGUUUAUACUUCUGUCUCCUUUCAACAAAUUUAUUUUAGGCAUCUGGGAUGCUUAUUUGGAGAAUACAGUGUGUCAAGAUUGUUUUCAUUUCAUCUGAAUGUUGAUUGAAAUAUUCCAGGGACAGAAUAUUCCAUAUAUUUUAGAUAUCUGUAUAUUUUUAUAGGCUACUAAUGCACAGCAUUUUACUGUGAUGUGAUUUUACUCCAGACGAUCACAUUGAUUAGCUAGGAGUUAAGGAGCCUGUGAUCUCCCAUGCAGGAAAUAAUUGUGUCCAACACAUGACCAGAAAGGUGUGAAGGUCUCCCUAAUGAUCUAAGCAGGCUUUCAUGUGAUUGGGGUGUAGUUUGUUCAGAACUUUUGAAACAGAAAGCAAAUGUGUAGAUAAUGUCUUUAAUUUCACUUUGGUUUUUAAGGAAGUAUGGUACCCAAGACUUUAUGCAGAACUAGGAUGUUGUCAAAAUUGUAAUGCAUAGAAAUUUUGUAAUCAUAACUCUCAAUACCAAACUUUAAAAGGUAUAAAAUUAAUGCAUUUCAUGACAUGAAUUGUUUUACUGCAUCUGACAAGGUUCUUUAUCAGGCAGGCUCUCAUUCCAGUCAGUGCACUUUUAGAUUUGAACUUUCUUUACAUGCAUAUAUUUAUAUUUUUGAUUUUAGGAUAUGACAAUGUAAGUAACAUCAAUUUAAAAAAAUUCUGAAUUAAAAUACUCUGUUCUGCACAACACAUAAACAAGUUGCAGUAACUCAAUCACAGUUGAAGUAAACUACAGCCAAGGUCAAAUACAAAUACCAGUGAACCAAUUCUAUUAAUCAUUGAUUGCAUGGUUGUACAUCUAAUGAUGGAUUAUGAAAGUUUUCUGAUUGUUAAUUACCAGGAAAAAGUUGGUAUCAUACCUUCUUAAUUUAGAUUGUCCCCAUUAAUAAAACUUAUGGCAUUAGUAUAUGUAAACAUUAUAUGCACAUUGAUUUUUUUCACUUUACAGGUUGUCAGGUUGAAAUCAAAUUAAUAAGUAAAGAUUUAUUGUCAGAGUGUAGCAGUAGUACAAAAAUAAAUAUUUGUAAACAGAGUUAGAUUUGUAUUAUGACGGUUUAUGUUUUAGAUUUUUUAUGUACAUUGUAUAUGAAUAGUGAGAAGCAAUACCAGUAUUGUGGAGAUUUUUGUGGGUUUUUUUAAAUGUGUGUAUUUUGUUUGCGUAUUUCAUUGUAAAUGAAUUUUCCAAAAGUAUAUGUUUAAUUUGUCUAAUAUCCAGUAAACGUUGUUCACCGCUGAUCUUCCUUGUUACCAUGGUGACGGUUAUCUGUAACUAAGACAGCAUUACUUACAUUACAUUCAUCAGCUGUUUUAUAUAUCCUCAUUUUUCAUCAAUUUUACAAUGGAGCCAACUAGUACUUAACAUUGCCAAUGUUAAACUUGCCGAUGUAUGUUGUACAAGUGUUUAGGCAUUAUGUGUACUUAUAAAUACUUAUAAAAUUAUGUAUUGUCUACUGGGAAAUUUUUAGCAGUUUUGUUUUUAUUCACCCUAUGCCAUGUUGUCUCUAUAGAUUGACACACCCAUGUGAUGUAUGCACAAAAAUGGCAAUGAGAAGGCAGAAAAUGAUUGAGAGCAAAAGUAGCUGAUGUUUCAGCAUUAGGACAAUUGUAGGCAUAUUCUAGAGCUCAAGAACUUCGACUGUGGCUCAAGAUUUGAAAAAGAGAGGGUCAUUUAUGUCAUUGAAUGCUUAGUGUAAUCUCAUGAGUUGAUCAUUAAUAAUAUUUGAUGCAUACAAACAAAAACAUUACAAUAUCAGUUUCUUUAUAGUGUCAGAGACGGAUCAGUGACCAAAACAAAGUCAUUUCAUAUUAUGCAGUAAGAACAAAAUUUCAUAUCUGUCACCCAUGAUUAUCAAAUAAUAGUGUUCACUUCAUCUUGUGUACGGUUUUUAUUAAUCAUUGUUGCUUACAUCAUAAAUUCUAUGAAAUCCAAGCUUGGAAUUGUUACGGUUAUAUAAUAAACUAUAUUUAUCUCCUA